GUUUGGAUCUGUUCGAAGUGUUUGUCUGACGCAAAACACAAUGUUCCAAAUUGUUAUAUUAUCUGUUCUCGUGGGUUCAGCCCUGACCGCACAAGGGACCAAGUGGAAAUAUGGUGAAACAGACAAAGUCCAUAAAAUAUAUGGUCCGAAAGACUGGGGAAAGGUUUCAAAGUAUUGUGACGGGAGCGCCCAGUCCCCCAUAAAUAUUGAAACCCGCUCGGUGGAAAAUGAGGGAAGUCUGAAGAGGCUCCGGUUUUUAGCUGAGAAUCGGUAUGGAAGAGUCAGCGGUGUUCUAGAGAACAAUGGUCAUGCUCCUACCCUAGCAAUAGAUAAACCGAGGGGUACUUCAACACUCACCGGAGGUCCCCUGGGGAACAGCGUGUAUAAGCUUCAGCAGUUGCACAUUCAUUUUGGUUGUGAGAACAACAAAGGAUCUGAACACACUGUCAACGGAAAGGCAUUCUCAGGAGAGCUUCAUUUGGUGCACUACAACACGAAGUAUGGAGAUUUUAAAACCGCUGUGGACAAACGAGACGGACUGGCUGUGAUUGGUGUCUUUUUACAGGGAGAUGAUGAGGAUGACUCAAGUUAUUCGUUAAAAAUUAUAAGUGGAGCAACGCGAUACAUAAGGAAGGCUGGUUCGAAAAAGCCUAUCAGAGCAAUAUAUUUAAACAACUUGGUUCCUCAUCUGAGAGAUUUGUCGGAGUUCUACUCAUACAAGGGCUCCCUUACCACCCCUCCCUGCUACCAAUCAGUGAAAUGGAUUGUGCUGAAGCGUCCAAUUCGUGCCAGCGAAUAUGUGUUGCGCGCUUUCAGGAGCCUCCUGAAUGACGAAGAACAGCCUAUGUGCGACAACUUCAGACCCACCCUGCCGCUAAACAGCCGCUCCGUGUCUCAAUCUGAUGAUGAUGAUAGGCUGUUCAACUAAACAACCACAU